CUGGGAUCUGGGGCGGAGCGAUUGUGAAGGCGGGGCGAUUCUGCGGGCCGGACUAGUGUCUCUACGCCAUGGCGGCCUUGCGUGCUCUGCUACCCCGAGCUUGCAGCUCGCUGUUGUCCUCGGUCCGCUGUCCAGAACUCCGGCGCUUCGCCUCGGGUGCUAACUUUCAGUACAUCAUCACAGAAAAGAAAGGAAAGAAUAGCAGUGUGGGGCUGAUCCAGUUGAACCGCCCCAAAGCACUCAAUGCUCUUUGCAAUGGCCUGAUCGAGGAGCUCAACCAAGCCCUGGAGACCUUUGAGAAUGAUCCUGCUGUGGGGGCCAUUGUGCUCACUGGUGGGGAGAAGGCAUUUGCAGCUGGAGCGGACAUCAAGGAAAUGCAGAACCAAACAUUCCAGGACUGUUACUCCAGCAAGUUCCUGAGCCACUGGGACCAGAUCACCCGGGUCAAGAAGCCCGUCAUUGCAGCUGUCAAUGGUUAUGCUCUUGGUGGGGGCUGUGAACUUGCCAUGAUGUGUGAUAUCAUCUAUGCUGGUGAGAAAGCCCAGUUUGGACAGCCAGAAAUCCUGCUGGGGACCAUCCCAGGUGCGGGGGGCACUCAGAGACUCACUCGUGCAGUUGGCAAGUCACUAGCCAUGGAGAUGGUCCUUACUGGUGAUCGCAUUUCGGCCCAGGAUGCCAAGCAAGCAGGUCUUGUAAGCAAGAUUUUUCCUGUUGAAACACUGGUUGAAGAAGCCAUCCAAUGUGCAGAAAAAAUUGCCAGCAAUUCCAAAAUUAUAGUAGCAAUGGCGAAAGAAUCUGUGAAUGCAGCCUUUGAAAUGACGUUAACAGAAGGAAAUAAGCUGGAGAAGAAGCUCUUCUAUUCUACCUUUGCAAAUCUGGGAAGCGUUCAAGGUGUCUUGAUUUUAUAUUUUUACUUUUUUACUUCACUUCAGAGGCAGGUGUGUGCUUCAACCACCCAUACCCCUGUGCACUGUCAACAGUGUCAACAGUAUACAGCUUGGGAAGUGGCACUGUCUGAUGUUUCCAAGUGCACAAUAAUUCAGUUAGAGUGACUACUUCAGUUUAAUUUCAAUUCAACUAUAGUUGUCUAUAGAGAAUGAAUGUGUUUUCUAAUUAUUAUUGCUCUUAUUUUCUCCUUUGGGGGGAAUGCUGUUACUUUCUUAUAAAUAGGGUCUCACUAUGUAA